AUGGUUGCUGAAUUAAUUGCACAAGGUGUUCCUGAUACUACAAUUUUGAAGAAAGUGAGAGAGAGCAUUCAUGUUGGACUCUUCAGAAGAGUUCAUCUUUUAAGCAAACAAGAUAUUAGAAAUAUUAGGAAAGAAUACAAGCGGGGCGAUAGUAGUGCACACCAAGAUGAUGCAACCAGUGUUGAUCUGUGGGUAUUCAUGUCUGUUGACUGUGACAGCUACUACAGUGCCUGGAGUGUAGUUAUGGGCCAUAGUGACAUAGUUACAGAUGGAGAGAAAUUCUCAGAGCUGCUGGAUGGCUUUCUUACUUGGUGUGCAGAGGAGGAAGGAACUGAGGAGUUUGGCAAGUACUUUAAAGAUAGAUAUUCAUGGAGGGCACAUAUGUGGGCAUACAGCUACAGAAUUGGACUUGGCCUUAAUACAAAUAUGUUCUUAGAAGCAAACCAUAAAACUCUUAAAUACUCAUACGUACUGAAGAAAAUAAAUAACAGAGUAGAUAAAUUAAGUCACAGAAGAGGUUGUGGUAUCAAUAAGGAACUGAUACACUGCGUUGAAGAUGGCACAUGGCAUGUAUACACCGUUUCUGAUCGGCCCCCAUAUACUGUCACUUAUACAGAGAACUCUUGCACUGCAUGCCCAUUGUCCUAUACUGAGUGCAAGAUCUGUGUGCACAGUUGUGUGUGUUCUUGCACAGACAAUUUGAUCAGGGGUAACCUCUAUGAACACAUUCAUGCUGUGGAAAUCAGCAAAGGAACUGUAAAGCUCCCUCUGCAAGACAGGUUCUGCAGAGUGUCAUCUGUGCAGGAGUUAACACAAAUAGUUGCUCAGCAGACUUCAGGUGCUGGCAGCACUGUUGACUACCGAGCUGCUUUGGAAGACAGGCUGACUAUUGUGCAACAAGUAGCAAGAAGUGCUAGCAGUGAAACUGCUGGCUCUCUCCUUGCAUCAUUUGAUAAAUUAAUUAAAGAAAUGAGGGCAGGCAUUGCAUCGCAAAAAGAACUCGUUGGUCCACAUUUUCUAGUAACUUCAGCUCCACCAAAUGAGACAUACAGGAUUCAGAGACAGUUCCAAUCAGUAAGGAAGACAUGUGAAACGAAGGAACAUUCAUUUGCAACACCAUCCUGUGCAGAAAUUGAGACAAUUAUAUAAGACCUCUUGGGAAGGGGAAACAGUAGCUGAGACCAUGUAUAUGCAAAAGACAAGUAAGGAAACCAUCCAAUAACUCUGAGAAUUUUUUUGUGCUUGUAAGUGCAGGGUUUUCAGCACAGUGUACACACUACUCUUCAGCAUUGAAUUGCCAUUUAUGUUUUGCGCAUGUCCUCUGUCUCCACUUCUGGCCAGCAUGCAAGGCACACAACCUGUUGUCAGUAUAACCCACAACUACACUCUCCUGGCAUUGUAGUAGCUGUCACAAUCACCAAACUGUAUUGAUAAAAGCUUUGUUGAUGAGACUGUCGUCUUGUUUUUGGUGCUUCUAGUAAACUUUUGUAUCUGAUCUAAGAAAAACCGACAUAGACUGCGCUUAGUGUGUGUAGUGAGGCAGUAAAUAACAGGGGAUCUUGCACCAGAUUCAUCCACAGUCAACAGUGGUGUUACACAGCACACUUGCACUAAUAGGUAUAAUUUCUUCUCAAGAUUGUAGCAUUAGAACACCAUAUGCAAUUAACUCGGGAACAUUUGCUCUUUCAGUUAUAGGCUACCAACAGAGAGAUUGUGCUUUGUGCAUGCUAUAUAGAACUUAACACUAACCAUGCCAUAUUACAUCCUCUGAGACUAUGAAAGAGGCACCACAGCUGCGACCAUAUUCUGAAUGGGAUUGGCCUUUACCUUUUGACUGAGCUGCUCAUUACAUUACAUUACAUUAAAUUAAUACUUAUUCCAUAGUUCAUGAAUACUACAUUUCAUAGUGGAAUGUUAUU